UGGGGAGCGGCGCUGGGUGGAGCCCGGGACGUGGCCGCCGAGCGGACGCAGCCGAGCGGAGCCAUGACCCGCGGUAACCAGCGUGAACUGGCCCGUCAGAAGAACAUGAAGAAGCAGACUGACUCGGGCAAGGGAAAGCGGCGUGAUGACGGCCUGUCGGCUGCUGCCCGCAAGCAGAGAGACUCUGAGAUAAUGCAGCAGAAGCAGAAAAAGGCCAUUGAGAAGAAGGACAACCAAAAUAAGUGUGGGGAACCUUGUCUGGCUCUGCCUGGUGUAAAUAGACUGUGGACUCUGGGGCACGGCCCAUCUCUCCUGGUGCCUAUGCAGCGCCCUGCCCUGCGGGACACCGAUCUGGAUGCUACCAUAAUAUGCAUAAUAAAGCACAGCGGCCCUUAG